CCGAACUGUCGUGAUGGAUGACGCGGUCUUGCGCGCGUUGGCUGCCAACGAAGCGUACGUCGACGCACUCCGUAGAAUGGUACUGUCGUUGGAGGAAGAGGAAGCUCGCAUACAAGAUUGUAUGCACAUGCUGAGGAGAAAGAGACACCGAAGCCAAACCAACCUGAUUGCAACCCAUGUGAGAGACUUCAAGCGACAGGUGUUGGGGUGCGAAACCAUCUCGCCAGCAGCAUGCGACGACGUCUCCCGGAAAAUGAAACGUGUACGUGCAAGUGUCGAUUUUAAACGCGGCUACUUUCAGACGCCUUGCCUCACUCAAGUCGGCGGGAAGCUAGUCGAUGGUGUAGCCACCCCGGACGAGUACAUUCAAGCAAGAGCAGUACGUGAGCUUCGCGCGGCCGUGCUUCCUCUCCAGCUCCCUCCACCGAUUGUGUUGACGUGGACCCUAAACGAGCAAGCAUUUCUGACGAAGGACUUUGCUGCAUGGCGAAAUCACCACCGCGAACCCACAAACGAAGAAUGGGACAAAAUUUGCGCAUCGGCAGUGGCGACCAUCGGUGAGAAGAAGAGGCGGUGGGUUCGGCUGAAAUGUAUUCAUCACGCGUGGUCUCCUGCCGAAGAUGCACAGCUUCGAGAACUGGCGAACAAGCGCGGCCUGCCGCUGGACUGGAACGGCAUCGCGCAGACGUUGUCAUCGAACACGAUGGUUCGGUUCCCUGUCGAGUGCAUGCUACGGUACCAGCGCGAAUGCAACCCAUUAUGCGUCGGGAUAGAAUGGGACUUCCGAAGGUGGAACGCCGCCACGCAUCUGACGCUGCAUAAACUCGUGGACGAGCAUGGAGAAGACUGGGCGGCCAUCUCCGAGAGAAUCGCCUACCGCUCGGCCAACGAACUCAAGCGCAAGUGGCAGCAACUCCAGGCAACGGCGACUGAACCCAGUGGAGUCGACUGGAAGUCCUGCGCUACGUAUAGACUGCUUGUCCUCGCUGCGUACUGCUACUCCCAUCAAUGGAUCGACGUCAGAUGGAGCGACGCGAUGCGCCACGUGUCGCAUCCUCCGAGUCGAUUGCAACAGAUCGUGCAGAUGUUUCAAGCAUCGUUGAGUCCCCACGGAAACUUGGGUCCAGUUGAUCUGUCGUAGCUUCGCUCAGGUGGGCUAAAGCGUACAACUAGCAGGCGGACGACACGCAAUGUGUCCAAAAAUUAGAGUCAACGAACUGCGUGCCAACAUCGGGUGCAGAUGAGUUGCA